ACGUUUAGUUUUUUGUGUUGUUACAGUAUACAGCUAUGCCUGAACCGAAAGCCGCUCCUGCACCCAAAAAGGGCUCCAAGAAAGCCGUUUCUAAGAGUCAAGCUAAGGGUGGAAAGAAACGCAGAAAGUCCAGGAGGGAAAGCUAUGCCAUCUACGUGUACAAGGUGUUGAAGCAAGUUCAUCCCGAUACGGGCAUUUCUUCUAAAGCUAUGGGAAUCAUGAAUUCUUUUGUAAAUGACAUCUUCGAGCGCAUCGCUGGUGAGGCUUCUCGUCUUGCUCACUACAACAAGCGUUCAACCAUUUCUUCUCGAGAGAUCCAGACUGCUGUGAGACUUUUAUUACCGGGGGAAUUGGCAAAGCAUGCCGUGUCCGAGGGUACCAAGGCAGUUACCAAGUACACCAGCUCUAAAUAAGACCACAUAUAUCGAAAUCAACGGCUCUUUUCAGAGCCACACA